UAAAUUCAAAUUUAGUUUCAAGCGAUAAAUUUUUAUUUUUAUUAUGCACCUGUACAUAAAAAUAAUGCAUGACUAUUGGGUAUCCUUGCUCUCAAGCUCAGAAUUAGAUUCACUCUCAUCAACCACUUGACCUUCCCAAUCCUUCAUUUCAUAUACUCUGUACAUGCAGUCUUUACAUAUUCUAUUUACCAACAAAUACAUUGUGUGGUCUGUUAAAUUAAGCUUCAUCUGUCACUCAUCAAUAUUCUUUUGGAAAUCAUCAAGAUGAUGGAAAGUGAUCAGGUGAAGAAAGCAGAAGAGAGUAAGACUAGAGGUCUAGUGGAUAUUGUGUUUUCUUGGUCUUUCCAUGAUGCUCUCAACAAAAAUAUUUACAUGGGCAAGGUGAAUAAGAUUCCUACAACAUUCUUCUCAGUAGAGGAGUACAAGAAGUCAUUUAUGAAUCCUCUUAUUGAGGAGACACAUGCAGACUUACUCUCUAAUAUAAUGAAGGUGAAUCAUGCACCACUGUUUGAAAUAGUGGAUAUCAAUAUGUCAGAAGGGUUUAAGCCUCCCAGAGAUCUGUUUUAUGAUAUUGUUUUGAGAAAAAUAGGAAGAAAAAAUGAAAAUGAAGAAAAUGAUGAACUUCAGAUGUUUGAUCUUAUUGCCUUAACAGACAUAAGGCCAAGGUAUGUAGCUGAUUUGAACCGGCCUAAUUGGCCGUAUACCAUUGCAUCAGUUGAAGGGAAAAGUACUACUGUAAAUAAAGUUAAAAUUUAUGAAAUCUUAUCUUCAAAACCAAUCAUGCUGGAGAAUUUAGGGAAAGGGGGUAGCAAAAGAGUGAACCUUUUUUCAGUUCAUCUGACAAAUUUGAACACAAAUAUUCGUAUUUGGAAGGCAUUAAAUUGGAGGGCAGCGAACAUAAACAUAGUCCGAAACCUUCUGCAAAGUGAUUCUACUGCUGGAUUAAGCUGUUCUAAGUGUGAUGUCCAGGAAAUUAAUAGUUCUAUCUCGACAAAAUAUGGAGAAACAAUUGGAUCCUUCAAGCUGGAUGAUUCUCAAGAAGCUGCUGUUGUAAGUUGUGUAGCGACUAGUAGAUGCUUUCAUCAUCAUUCUGUCAAAUUGUUAUGGGGUCCUCCAGGAACAGGGAAGACGAAGACAGUAGCUUCUUUGCUCUUUAUGUUGUUAAGAAUGAAGUGCAGAACAUUGACAUGUGCCCCGACUAACAUAGCAGUUGUUGGAGUUGCAAAUCGGCUUAUGAGCCUAGUGAGGGAAGCUUCAGUGUAUGGAACUUAUGGACUAGGAGAUAUAGUUCUAUUUGGAAAUGUAGUCAAGAUGAAGAUUGAUGAUCAUAAAGAUCUUCGUGACAUAUUUCUUACUAAUCGAGUUUUAUGUUAUAGGAUAUUUCUGUCUCCAUUUACUGGAUGGAGAAGUAGAGUGGAAAGCAUUAUCUGUCUUCUUGAAGAUCCUAAGAAGCAGUAUAGAAUGCACCUAAAUGGACUUGAUAAAGAAGUUGCGUUUUUGCCUCCACAUAAACGUUUAUCAGAUAUUUGGGAAAAAGAAAGCGAUGAUGAUGACAGUACAGGGAUGGGGGGAGAAUUAAGUGAAAGUAUAUUGACAUACGAAGAAUUUUUGAAUGAAAAAUUCAGUUCAGUAGGAAAGAGUUUAAUGGCUUGUAUAGAAAACAUGUACACGCACUUGCCUAGUUCUUUCAUCUCAGUGGAAGUAGCAAAGAAAAUGAUACGAGUAGUUGAGCUCCUUCAGACCAUAGAGAGUCUGAUGAGAAGUGGAUCCCCGCCAUUUGAAGGUCUUGAUGGAUUCGAGGAUGCAGGAGAGAUGGAAAGAAGGCUUUUGUAUGGUCCAGUAAUUACUUGUAUUGAAUUGCUAAAAGAACUUCGCGCUACAGUGUCUGUUCCAAAUCUAAAAAACAAAACGCAAAUUAGAAACUUUUGCUUGCAGAAUGCAACUUUAAUUUUUUGCACUGCAUCAAGCUCAAUUAAAUUGCACUCUUAUGCAAAGCCACCCAUGGAGAUGUUGGUUAUCGAUGAGGCUGCACAAUUAAAGGAAUGUGAAUCCACCAUCCCUUUGCAACUCACUGGUCUGCGCCAUGCUGUACUAAUUGGGGACGAGAAGCAACUUCCUGCAAUGGUGCAAAGCAAGAUCAGCGCGAAGGCUGACUUUGGACGGAGCUUGUAUGAGAGGCUUGUGCAUGUGGGACACAAGAAGCACUUACUGAAAGUCCAGUACAGGAUGCAUCCAUCAAUAAGCUUAUUUCCAAAUAAGCAGUUCUAUGACAAUAUGAUAUUGGAUGGCUUCAAUGUCAAGAAGAAAACUCAUGAAAAGCAUCUGCUGGAAGGCAAAAUGUUUGGUACAUUCUCUUUCAUAAAUGUCCCUUAUGGGAACGAGGAGUUUGAUAAUAACCAUAGUCUGAGAAAUAUGGCCGAAGUGUGUGUCAUUGCUGAGAUAGUGGCGAGGCUGUUUGAAGAGUCAAUGCUAAGAAAGCAGAGGGUAAGUGUGGGUUGUAUAUCACCAUACAAGGCUCAAGUAUACGCCAUUCAGGAUAAACUGGGAACCAAAUACCGAGCAGGAUCAAAUAAUUCUUUUUCUGUCAGUGUUAGCUCUGUUGAUGGCUUCCAAGGCAGUGAAGCAGAUGUGAUAAUUAUCUCAACUGUGAGAAGUAAUGCAAAUGGAACUGUUGGUUUUCUGUCUAAUCUGCAACGAGCAAAUGUUGCUCUUACUCGUGCCAGGCAUUGUCUAUGGAUAUUGGGUAACGGGUCGACUUUAGUAAAUAGUGGCUCUGUUUGGAAGAAACUUGUUAUAGAUGCCAAGUCUCGGGCAUGUUUUUACAAUGUUCAGGAAGACAAGAAGUUAGCUCUAGCUCUUGCUGGUUGCUUAAUUGAGAUUGGACAACUUGAUUCUCUGGUCGCAAGAUCUCUCUUAUUCCCGGAGGGAAAAUGGAAGGUUUUCUUGGGCGAAGUUUUCCUGAAAUCAAUGUCAAAAAUUAAAAAUGAAAAGGUUUGUUCGCAAGUUCUUUCUCUAUUGAUGAGAAUUGCCAAUGGCUUGCGUAUGCCACGAGAGGAUCAAACUAUCAGUGUCAUGCAUGUGGAUGUAACUCUUUCUCAACUGUCAAAAAAUGUUGCACGGAGAAUCCUACAUCUGAUUUGGAUAGUCGACGUUAUCAAGGAAGAUGGGAAUUGGGUCCAGGUGGUAAAGGUUUUAGAUGUUCUGCCAGAGUAUAAAAUUCCAGAACUGAAACAGAACCUUAAAAUAUUAUUUGAGAAAUAUACCACUGAACUUAAAAAUCGCUGCAACCACCGAUGUAUUGAAGGGGAUACAGUUCUGCCAAUGACAUGGCGGAUGCAAUCAAAUGUUGCAACUAAAGCUGUAACUUAUAGCCCUGAUCAGAGCCAGUCAAUAGCAAGUCAAUUAGCUGCACUCAGUCUUGGCAAUGACACAGAUAAAGCAACUCAAAGUAACCGGGAUGCGUUUCUGCCAAAGACAUGGCCAAUGCAAUCAAAUGUGGCAACUAAAGCUGAAACUCGUAGCCCUGAUCAGAGCGAAUCAAUAGCUAGUCAAGUAGCUGGACUCAGACUUGGCAACGAAACAGAGAAAGCAACUCAAAGUAGGGGGAGAAGAACAGGAUGCUUUAUAUUGUAAGUUUGUAAGCGGAGGAUUUCUCUAGAUCAUCUGGCAACUCUUUCAGAACUGAACUAUUGAUAUCUUUAGUAAUGUGAUGCAACCAGCAAGGUUGACAGUAUUCUUAUUAUUUCAUAACCGUACUUUUAUGGAUAUAUUUUUAUCGACUU